GCCAAGACCGACGCCAGCCUGCGUACUGGACGCUUCUCGUUGGAUAUCGAUUAAAUCGUCAGCAGCAGGAGGCCUCAUCCAAAACCAGCCAUCUUACGCGAGUACCACAGCCUUUGCCCGGCGUCAUCCCCAACGACCAUCGCACUGCUGACAAAGCCGACGACUAGCUUAAACCUAGGACCAUACGGUGCUUGUACUAUUGGUGGAUCCAUUGUUGUUGCAGAAAUAUGGAAAGUUCGUGAAUUGAAGCCAGGAAUUGGGGAAAACUACUAGAGAGCGUCCAGGCACACGAGAAGAAUCGUUGGAACAAAAUAGAUUGUUAAAAUGGCACCUUCACUAGUAUCGAUAAUGAAGAGGGAGACUGUAGAAGUAGAAGAGAGUACUCCCGAACCUUCGCCCGAAGUGGAAUUGGCCACUCCAGAGGUAGUACCGCAGGAGCCGCUUCAAACUAACAUCUUUAAUCAUACUAAAAAGCAGUGGAUGCACUCCACAACUUUAAAACCAACCGUCAUAGCUAAGUUCAAUGAGACGACGACGGACGAACCGAAACCGGAUUUAGGGGAAAAAGCGACCAAGAUCACCAAAGAGAUUGCAAAAGAAAUGGGAAUUCCCACUUGGGCUUUAGUUAGCAUCUUGAUAGGUGUUGCUGUCAUCGUGCUGGGAAUAUGCUUUUGCUGCAUAAGACGAUGCUUCAGAAAACGUCGGGCAAAGGAUGGCAAGAAAGGCAUGAAGGGUGUGGACUUGAAGUCCGUUCAACUCUUAGGUUCUUCGUACAAGGAGAAAGUGCAGCCCGAUAUGGACGAAUUGACUGAAAAUGCCGAAGAACCGGAGGAAGAGAAACCUGAAGUGCAAAAGCUUGGAAAGCUUCAGUACAAACUGGAGUACGACUUCAAUCAAAACAGCCUUUCAGUGACUGUGAUCCAGGCAGAGGAGCUGCCAGCCCUGGACAUGGGUGGCACAUCGGAUCCGUACGUAAAAGUAUACCUCUUACCGGACAAGAAAAAGAAGUUCGAAACGAAGGUCCAUCGUAAAACCUUGAGUCCCAUCUUUAAUGAAACAUUUGUCUUCAAGGGCGUUCCAUAUGCUGAUGCAAUGAACAAGACACUAGUAUUCGCUAUCUUCGACUUCGAUCGAUUCUCAAAACACGACCAAAUUGGUGAAGUGAAACUGCCUCUAUGCACUGUCGACUUGGCUCAGACUAUCGAGGAAUGGCGCGAACUACAAAGUGUCGAGGGUGAAGGAGGACAGGAAAACAAGUUGGGAGAUAUUUGCUUCUCUUUGCGUUAUGUACCGACCGCAGGAAAACUUACCGUCGUUAUCUUGGAAGCCAAAAAUCUUAAGAAAAUGGACGUCGGUGGAUUAUCUGAUCCUUACGUGAAGAUCGCCCUUAUGCAGAAUGGAAAACGGCUGAAGAAGAAGAAGACUAGCAUCAAGAAGUGCACUCUGAAUCCCUAUUACAAUGAAUCAUUUACUUUUGAAGUACCAUUUGAACAGAUACAGAAAGUUAACUUGCAAGUAACGGUGGUGGAUUACGACAGAAUUGGAACGUCUGAACCAAUUGGAAAAGUGGUAUUAGGAUACAACGCUAGUGGAACUGAGUUACGUCAUUGGUCUGACAUGCUGGCAUCUCCGAGACGCCCAAUAGCUCAGUGGCAUACAUUGAAGGAUCCCGAGGAUGGUGAGAAGAAAGACAAGGAUUAAAUUGGAACUGUUUGAAAAGAAAAAUCUCUUCAUUGUUAUUUAAAAAAUAUUAUAAGGUUAUUGGAGUUAUUGGUUAAUCGAAACAAACAAAAAAAAUGCAUGAAAGAAAACAAGUAAUCUCUAUAUUCGUUUAAAAAUAAUUCUAAAAGUAUCUAAAAAAAAUAUUGGUUAUUAUGUGUAUGAUUGUACCAUCCUACGAUAUCGGUAUGAUAUAUAUAUUUUAUUAAACUAUAAAUAAAUAAUUGGAUUUCAUUCAGGCUAAUUCGAUGUAAUAUUAAUAAUUAUAAAGUUAACACUAUUGUUUGUGAUGUAGUUACCUUGAACCAAACAAAAAAAAAAGUAAUGGAAAUGUAAGGCUUGUUAAAAUUCUGUGUGUACCCCUGAACGACUUCCAAUCCAAUUUAUUUCGGGCUUAUGAUAUAUUUUGUUAUUUAAAAAAAAAUGUUUAUGUAAAUAUGUGAGAAAAAAUCUUUUCUUCCUGAUUUGUUAUAUAGAAGCGCAGACAGGGUUUUACUUUAUAAUUAUUUACCCCAAAA